AUGUGGCAGCAACGUGCUUUGCGAAGUGCGUGGAGCGAUCGCAUCACGUGGCUUGCAUACGUGGCAACCAACAGCGCGCCCGAGGCUCGCAUCGACCGCCAUGGGCUGCAGAUGAAGAGUACACCAAGCAAUGCUGCCCGUGAGCGACAACAACACGAGGCGUCGUCCCAAGCGACGGUGGCGAGAUCGCGACCACGGUCCCGGUCCCAGGAACGGAUCCAUCACUCCGCAUACGGCGUCACACCACCAGCCGCUCCCCAGCAGCACCAACAGCCACAGCAACAGCAAUACUACCCUCCAGCUACAGGAUACGGCCAAUCGCACCCAGCACAGGCGCCACCGCCAAACCCUGUCUCUCAGCAAGAUCUCGAGCAGAUGUCCCUGACUGACCUUGAGCGCCUCCUGGCACAGUGA